GAGACUCCGUGGAAAAGGUGGAUCUUCUUGAACUUCCCAAGUGAACACCAUUUUUAACUUUUCGCUAAAAUCGUGGAUUGGAUUCUAGUAUUUUUAAUUUUAUUUAAAUUUGCUAAUCCGCCUUGCGCCAGCUCGUCGAUAAAUUCAACAUCAUGAAUCGGUUUGCCGUUCAAUGUGUGCGUCUCGGACAACGCCAACUCAGCACUUCGACCCAACGCCAAGCCGUAAAAGGGGAGGUGCACCCAGGAUACAAGAAGAUUAAGGAGAAGUAUGCACAUUUCCAGGUUGAAGACGGUACCCCCAUCCACUUGAAGGGAGGUCCUUUCGAUCGUGUCCUUUACUAUGCAACCAUGGGCGGCUGUGUAGUUGGCGUUCUCGGGGCCGCGGAAUACAUCUAUCGAGCCUCGUUCCCAAAGAAGGCGUAAAAAUAGUCAUCAACAAAACUACUUAAAUCAAUCUAGUCUAACGAUCCGUCAUUAUUUGUUAAAAUAUACUGCCCCAAUAUUGUGUAUGAGACGAAAAGAAAAGUUUACUCUCAGCUGCUUCAUACGAUGUUACCAAAAUUACUGUAAAAAUAUCAAAGUUAAAGAUGAAGCGAGCAAGUAUGUAUGUAAAUGCCGUUAAAAUCUUGUCUUUUGGGAGAAUAAGCCUGUAAUAUUUAAUGAUAUUACAGAGCCAGUAGACGUUUUAAUAGGGAAUAAAAACAAAUACUUGAAAA